AACUUAUCCUGGUGGCGCAGUUACUGUAACACUCAGAAAGCAGAUGGAGACUUUUUACAGUUCUCUGGGUUUAGACUGGAUCAAUGGCAGCAGUGUUUUCAUAUUUUUGUGUGUUUUCCUGCUAUUGUUCGAUGUUUGGAAGAACAGAGUCCCAAAAAACUUCCCUCCAGGUCCAUGGGCUCUGCCUGUAAUUGGAGACCUUCACCGAAUAGACCCCGCCAGACUUCACCUGCAGCUCACUGAGUUUGCAGAGAAAUAUGGAAACAUUUACAGCCUUCGUCUGUUUGGUGGAAGGACUGUGUUCGUUACAGGCUACAAACUAGUGAGAGAAGCCCUAGUUGAAAAUGGAGAAGACUACACUGAUCGGCCCAGUGUUCCAUUGUUCCAGGAGGUAAUUGGCAAUAAAGGUCUAGUGAUGUCCAAUGGGUCUCCAUGGAGACACCAGAGGAGGUUUGCUCUUCACACUCUCAGGAACUUUGGUUUGGGUAAAAAAACUCUGGAGCUGUGCAUCCAGCAGGAGUGUCACUAUCUCACUGAGGCUCUAGCACUUUACCAAGGAAAGCCUAUCAGUGCUAACUCACUCAUCAACAGCGCUGUGUCCAACAUCAUUUCUUGCCUGGUGUUUGGGGAGCGAUUCGAGUACAGUGACAAGCAGUACCAGUAUAUAUUAAAGACCAACAACGACAUAGUGCAUCAACUGGGAAGCGUGUGGAUGCAGGUCUUCAAUGCGCUGCCCUGGUUGAUGAAGUGGCUGCCUGGACCUCACAAGAGGAUAUUUACAUUGACACAGGAGAUAGUUGACUUUGUAAAGAUUAAGAUCAAAGAGCACAAAGAAACACUGGACCCCUCCUCACCCAGAGACUAUAUUGACUCCUUCCUCAUAGAAAUGGGAGAGAAGGAGGACAAUGCUUCAGGGUUUGAUUUAAACAACUUGUGUAUUUGCACACUGGACCUGUUUGGUGCUGGUAGUGAAACUACUACCACUACUUUACACUGGGGACUGUUGUACAUGAUCUACUACCCUCACAUACAAGAGCGAGUCCAGGCUGAGAUAGAUGCUGUGGUUGGUUCCUCCAGACAACCUUCUGUGUCUGACAGAGACAACAUGCCCUACACUAAUGCUGUCAUCCAUGAGAUCCAGAGACUGGGUGAUAUCACCCCCAUUGGUGCAUUUCACAUGACAAAUAGAGACACCACCCUCAACAACUACACAAUCCCACAGGGCACUGCUGUCAUGCCAAACUUAAGCUCUGUCCUACACGAUGAGUCAAUGUGGGAAACUCCACAUUCCUUCAACCCUCAACACUUUCUAGACCAGGAUGGUAAAUUUAGGAAGAGAGAGGCCUUCCUUCCUUUUGCAGCAGGUAAGCGUGUGUGUCUCGGGGAACAACUGGCCAGGAUGGAGCUGUUCCUCUUCUUCACCUCCCUCCUUCAGAGGUUUUCCUUCUCACCAGCUCCUGGAGAGCAGCCCAGUCUGGAGUUCAAGCUGGGAGCGACUCGUUACCCAAAACCUUACCACCUCUGUGCUGUACCACGAUGAACUGUCAGAAAAAACAUCUUGUGUUACAACAGAACAAAACAAAAAACGUUUAAUUACCUUCAAAUAUGGUUUGAUACUUUGUUUUAUGAUGAUAGACUUCUGAGUUGCAAUAUAAAAAUUCAAUGACAAUUUUAUGAUACUUCUUAAAAUUGCACUGGUAAUAUGUCCCCCUAUGCUUUGAAAACAUGCAUGAACUGUGAACAUCUCACCAACUUUCCCUUCUUUUUUAAGCCAAUCAAAACAAAAGAAAAACAGUAAAGUUUAUAAAGUCAGUGCUUCUACAUUCAUGAGAUACUUUGUUUUUCAAAGCCUUUGACCGAUUUACACACUGUGUAAUGGGGCAGCUCACCUUAUCUAUGGGAGGAGUGGGCUGAAGUUUGAACUCUAGCAGCUGUUUGUGUGUGACGCACAAUCCAAAGUAUCCUAAGCCUGUUUUAAAGCUAGUCCUCAUUUAUAACAAAGCAUUUUACAAUGUCAGUUAAAAUUGAAUGUGGUAAGUACACCUAGCCUUUUGGGCCCUCAGGUAAGGUCCCAGCCCAUUCAGGUGAGCAGUUCACGCUACGUCCUGGGCCUAAAAGGUUAUUUUGAUGAGUAGCAAUAAAACAAUUUACUAUCUACAAGA